AUGGCUGUGGCUGUUGCUGAAGUUUGGUACGAUCCGAAGAAUCCCUUUUGGAUAGCGGCUUUGUUUGCGUGUUUCGUUUUGUGCCUCUACACCGCGGUUGUUUGGAGCGUGGCGGCCGUUGUUCCGGCUGUGGAAGACGGGGGUGAGGCGGUGGCGGUGGAGAGAGCCGAGGAGCUUGUUCGAGGGCGGAGGCUCGAUGGGUUUAUGGUGAACUUGUUGUUUUCUGUUGUGUGUUUGGUUGUUGUGUUUGGGUUCUGGAUGACCAUGGGCGAUCGGGGGAGACUUAAUCUAACGGUGUAUGGCCUCUUCUUCGUCAACGGUGUUUCGAUCACGAGGAUCUUUGGCGGUGUGAUGUACACGGUGUACUAUUUUCGAUGCAGAGAGUAUCACGGCGAGGAGAUUGAUUUCCUUGUAAAUCACCUUACUUAA